AAGAGUGGUAUCGCUCUCUCCUCGCCAUGAGGACGACUCGCGAAGACUACCUGAGACGGAAGGCAGCUGCGGUGGUGAUUCAGACGUGCUAUCGCUCCUUCCUCAUCAUGAGGACGACUCGUGACGGCUUAGUGAAAGUGAAGCUGUCUGCGGUCACCAUCCAGACGUGGUACCGCUCUGUGCGCAUCAUGCGGAUGGCUCGCGAGGAGUUCCUGAGGCUGAGGUGGGCCACCCUGUCGAUCCAGACCUGGCGCCGCUCCGCCGUCACCGCCAGGAGGACGCGCCAGCAGUUUGUGGCGCUGAAGCGGGCCGUGAUAACCAUCCAGACGCGACGUCGCGCGCUGCUCGCCUCGCGCCGGGCCCGCGAGUCCUUCCUGAGGCAGCGGGACGCCGCGCGGACCCUCCAGUCCUGGUACCGCGCGCUGCUCUUCAUGCGCGGCGAUCACGUGGUGCAGUGCGCCACGCGCCGCACCUCAGGCCUGCUGUCCCUGCACCCCCGCCCCCGCCGCUGA